AUGAACAGCCCGGUAGCGGCCCGAUGUUGGAAAGGAAAAAAAAUAUUUGAUAGAAAAACAUCGGAAAACAUCGUGUCACUCCCAUCAUCACGUAGUGAAGAUCGUUUAGUCGCUUGUCUUUAUUUUCAAGUUUUUUCUUCAGAGCAGUUGCAGUUCUACUUCUUUAUCUUUUAUCCUGUUCCCAUCCAAGUAGAGGUGGAUGUAGUUGUGCUUGUUCCUACGACUAUAUCAGAACGAUCGGCGUCAAGUAUUGGUAGUUUGCUGGUGCUACACCAUCAGAAGUGUGGAACUUGCGAACGGGCGAAGCCUUUCCCGAAACUUCCCGAAUCUUCCAAUACCCGAAACUUCAAGUCAAGUCAAGUCAAGUCAAUAAACGGAAAAAGGAACAGGAAAACCAGGCCAAGCUGA